AUGUCAGACAUGACAAAGCUCCACCAAGCUGUGGCUGUUGGGGAUUACAGUUUCGUGAAAAAGAUGUUGAAGAAAGGUCUCUGUGACCCAAACUACAAGGAUGUGGACUGGAAUGACCGAACUCCACUUCACUGGGCUGCAAUCAAAGGGCAUGUGGAGGUGAUGCAGCUCCUUAUAGAAUACGGAGCCAGGCCCUGCCUGGUGACUGAUGUGGGCUGGACCCCGGCUCAUUUUGCAGCUGAGUCAGGCCACGUGAGUGUGCUCAAAAUUCUCCAUGCAUUGCAUGCGGCCAUCGACGCCCCCGACUUCUUUGGAGACACGCCGAAGAGGAUCGCACAGAUCUAUGGGCAGACCGCCUGUGUGGCGUUUCUGGAGAAGGCCGAGCCCGAGUGCCAGGACCAUCGCCACACUGCCAGGCAGAAGGGGCUGCCUCUGGACCAGAGGGACGAAGACUGGGAUGCCAAGAAAAGGGAGCUGGAGCUGUCUCUUCCCUCCUCGAAUCAAAAAACUAAUAAGAAAAAGAUUAAAAAAAUCCGAGGCCCCACCAGGCUGAGCCAUCCCAAGGAGAGGAGAAUGUGA